GCGACCUCCUUACUGUCACACAUGUCUUAUAAAUGAUCUCACAGCGAUUGUUGUAUUUGCCAAUAACUGGCGUUGUGGUGGCCUUUAAGCUGUUUUCAUGAGAUACGUAUGUUAUUCUGACUCAGAAAUACAUUAAUUGAACUACAACAUUAUCUGUUAAUUUGCAUUUCGAAGAGGGGGACACUUCUCAACUAGUUAGCUAGGCUACCUUACAUAGCUAUCGUAAACAUGAAACCAAAGGCAAGACAAGGCAAAAGGAAGGGAGGUAAGUUUAAUUCUGACGAUAAACUACAGCGGUACAUGACAUCAGUUAAAGAUUAUGUUGAGAGUAAAGGGGGUGUAACGGGUACAGAUAAUGACCAAAGGUAUAAAUGUGUCAUGAAGAAAAGUCGAAAAGAGAUGCGUAAGGAGAAACGUAAAAUGAAGAAAGCUAAAAUGAGAGACAGUCAUAUGAGAAAUGCGCUGUCUACGGAUAGCACUAAGGUGCAACCGGCCAAAAGUAAUACACUGAAAUCGGAAAAGAAACAAGACAAAAGUUUAAAAGUCGACGCCACGAAAGCCACUGAAAACACCAAGCUCUCACGAAAUGCUGGUAAAAACCAAUCAGACAAUAAAACUGAAAAACCACACGUGGACUCAAAGGACAUACUGGCCCAGGAGAGGAAACAAUACGAGUUUAAGCUAAACGAAAGGAAUAAACAGGCUUUAAUAGAUGCCAACGUCGAAGAAGACAGAGAAAUUAAGAAACUGGAGAAGCUUCUUGGACUCAACAGGAGAAGGAAUAAACAGACUCUUCCUCAGUCUUUUGCUGAAGAUGGGCUUGGUUACAUUUUAGGGGUUUUGGAUUCAGGUGCUGGGGGAAUUGACGACAGUGAUGAUGAAACUGCUGUUGCCAAAGCAAAAGGUGACUUGGAGAACCCAGAGGACAGUCAAUCAGAAAUGUCAGGAGAUGAGGAUGAUGGUGACAGUUUAGAAGAUGCCCUUCAGGAUGAUGAAGAGGAUGAUGAGGAUGAGAAUGAAGAGGAUGAUGAUGAACAAGAGGGUGAAGUAGAAAGGAUGGAUACCAUUGAAGAGGAAGAUGAAGAAGAAGAUGAGGAGGAGGAAAAUGAAGAGAUGGAGGAGGACGAUCCAGAUGACACUAAAGAAGAUGAUAGAGAUGUUGAAGAAAACCUCAAUUCAGAGCAGAGUACAUCUGAAGAAAGUAGCAAAGUUGCCACUCUGCCAUCAGGAAAGUACAUCCCCCCUCAACUACGAGGGUCUAUGGACAGUAAGCGCAAAGCGGAGCUGGAGAAACUCAAGAAGACUGUCAAAGGACUGGUAAACAGACUGAGUGAGGCCAACCUGGCAUCUAUCAGUGGACAACUGGAGGAGCUCUACAUGAGCAGCAGCAGGAAGGACAUGAACGACACCCUGACUGAUAUUCUGCUGGCCGCCUGCGUCUCUCCCUCCCUCAUGCCCGACAGGCUUCUCAUGGAACACAUUCUACUGGUCAGUGUGUUACAUUACACAGUGGGCCUGGAAGUAGGGGCACAGUUCCUGGAGACGGUGGUCCGCAAGUUCAUUGAACUCUACAAGCUGCCCAGAGAGGGCAAGGAGUGUGAUAACCUGGUGGCAAUGGUGGCUCACCUCUACAACUUCCAAGUGGUGCACUCCCUCCUUAUCUUCGACAUUCUCAGGAAGCUGGUUGGGGCCUUCUCAGAGAAGGACAUUGAGCUGGCACUCUUCCUUUUGAAGACGGUGGGCUUUGCUCUCAGGAAAGAUGACCCUUUGGCCCUGAAGGAGCUAAUCACAGAGGCCCAGCGCAAGGCCAGCGAUGCAGGGGCCAAGUUCAAAGAUCAGACACGGGUGCGUUUCAUGCUGGAGACCAUGAUGGCCCUGAAGAACAAUGACAUGAGGAAGAUUCCAGGCUACGACCCAGAGCUUGUAGAUAAACUGAGGAAACUGCAGAGGACACUGAUCCAUCGCACUGCAUCAGGCAGUGAUGUGAAGCUGAGGGUCUCUCUCGAGAAUCUUCUGGAAGCCGAUCAAGUGGGACGUUGGUGGAUUGUUGGUUCAUCAUGGAGUGGGGCGCCCAUGAUUGGUGACCAAAGUAGCAAGACAUCACAGCAGCCCACCUCGGCAGGACAGUUUAGCACUAAGGUCCUGGAGUUGGCUCGGAAACAGAGAAUGAACACUGACAUCAGGAGGAAUAUCUUCUGUGUCAUCAUGACCAGCGAAGAUUACCUGGAUGCAUUUGAGAAACUUUUAAGACUUGGGCUGAAGGACCAGCAGGAGAGGGAGAUCGUGCACGUCCUCAUGGACUGCUGUCUCCAGGAGAAGACCUUUAAUGGGUUUUAUGCCGUUCUGGGAGAGAAGUUCUGUUCUCACGACCGCCGGUUUCAGAUGACCUUCCAGUUCAGUCUAUGGGACAAGUUCAAGGAGCUGGGCAGCCUCUCCAGCACCACCUUCAGUAACAUAGUCCAGCUGGUCACUCAUUUCCUGCAGAAGAAGAGUCUCUCUAUCUCCAUACUCAAGGCAAUUGAGUUUGGGGAACUAGACAAGCCAAAGGUGAAGUUCUUGCGUCAGGUUCUCACUAAACUCCUAAAGGAGACGGAACCAGAGGAUCUGAGGAACAUAUUUGGAAGGAUCUCGGGAAUUCCCAAGCUUGGAAUGCUACGGGAGGGCUUGAAGCUUUUCAUCAGUCACUUCCUACUGAAGAAUGCCCGGUCGCUGGGGAAUGCUGAGCAAGCCAAACUCCUGACCGAGCGAGCAGAAGUGGCCACCAAGGCCAUGGAGGCCAGAGAGGCCAAACUCAAACUGUAAAACAUGUCACACCCACCCAGGCACCCACAGACACAGAGACUCUCAGAAGAACUAAAGAAAGAGACCCUGUUCAGGCUGUCUUUCAUCCAUCCAUCCAGGACAUAUGAACAAAGACAACUGUUUAUCCAAACAACCUGUUUAGACACUUUAGAAAACAGUUCUAAUGGCUCUUUUUACAAUGGGGGGAAAUGAGGAGUGUAAAUAAUGGACAUUUUAUUCAGUUUUUGCCGUUUAAUUUACGGUAAGGGACGUAUCUUGUCACAUUGUAUAAUGCAUGUCAACUGUCAUCUGACAUGUAGUAUAUUCCUUUUGCAGACAUGUAGUUUAUUCCUUUAUUUUUAUAAGGAAAUGCAUUGAUUUUCUUAGUCCAGAUAUUGACCCCUUUACAAUAUUGACUCCUGUUAGAUGUGGCCUUCUGGAAGUAUGUUUUUCAAUAAUUAUUUUAAAAUGCAAAAAAUGUA